AUGGCUUCAAAGGUCUCAUGCUUAUACGUUUUGACAGUAGUUUGUUGGGCAAGCGCUCUUUGGUACUUAAGUAUAACUCGUCCUACUUCCUCCUACACUGGCCACAGACAACUCAGUAGCAUAUCCGUAGCCAGAAAAAACGUUUCCUUUGGCAACAUAAGAACUCGACCUAUAAAUCCACAUUCCUUUGACUUUCUCAUCAAUGAACCCAACAAAUGUGAGAAAAGCAUCCCUUUCUUGGUCAUUCUUAUCAGCACAACUCACAAAGAGUUUGAUGCAAGGCAAGCCAUUCGAGAAACGUGGGGAGACGAAAACAACUUUAAAGGAAUUAAAAUCGCCACACUAUUUCUUCUCGGAAAAAAUGCAGAUCCUGUGUUAAAUCAAAUGGUAGAGCAAGAAAGCCAAAUUUUUCACGACAUUAUUGUGGAGGAUUUUAUCGACUCUUAUCAUAACCUCACUCUGAAAACGUUGAUGGGGAUGAGGUGGGUAGCAACGUUUUGUUCAAAAGCAAAGUACGUUAUGAAGACAGACAGUGAUAUUUUUGUAAAUAUGGAUAAUCUUAUUUAUAAGCUGCUCAAACCUAACACCAAACCAAGGAGAAGGUACUUCACUGGUUACGUUAUAAAUGGAGGACCAAUAAGAGAUGUUCGCAGUAAGUGGUACAUGCCGAGAGAUUUGUAUCCCGACAGCAAUUACCCACCCUUCUGUUCAGGCACUGGCUACAUUUUUUCAGCUGACGUAGCAGAACUGAUUUACAAAACCUCCCUUCAUACCAGACUUCUUCAUCUUGAAGACGUGUACGUUGGACUCUGUCUUCGGAAGCUGGGCAUUCACCCCUUCCAAAACAGUGGCUUCAAUCACUGGAAAAUGGCCUACAGCUUGUGCAGGUACCGCAGGGUGAUCACAGUGCACCAGAUAACACCAGAAGAAAUGCACAGAAUUUGGAAUGACAUGUCCAGCAAGAAACAUCUUAGAUGUUAA